UCUCUCUCUCUCUCUAAGUGGCAUUGCCACUCGCAAUUAACCACAAAAACUUCCUCCGCUCCGCGUGUCUAUUUUCUCUCUGUUUCUCUGAGAAAUUCGGUUUUCGUUCUCUUCCCGGGGCUUCCUCUCAUCUCUCUCAAAAAAUGGCGACGAUCAAUCUUUCAACGGGCAUGUCGUCCUUGAUUUUCGACUCCGGCAAGCUCUCCGAUCGCCUAUCCUCGACGAGGCACUUGAGGUUGAGCGAGCUAUUCCCUGAGUGGCCGACCAUCAAAAGAUGCGCUCCCAAGGAAAUCUUUGCCAUUAGGUCGAUUAAGAUCGCCGAGCACAGUCCCACAGCCGAUCUUCCAUCUCAGAACGGUCCUCUCAAUACUGCUGGUGAAUUGAACUCUGCUUUUGGGCUUGAUUCUAGUGGUACUGUGUUGCAGGCAAGGACAAGCUCUAAUGGCCAGAGGAAAACAAAGAUUGUGUGCACAAUUGGUCCUUCCACAAGUUCACGUGAGAUGAUAUGGAAACUAGCAGAAGCUGGAAUGAAUGUUGCACGGUUAAAUAUGUCCCAUGGGGACCAUGCAUCACAUCGAAAGACAAUUGAUCUGGUUAGGGAGUAUAAUUCUCAAUUCGAAGACAAGGUAGUGGCCAUAAUGUUGGACACAAAGGGUCCUGAGGUUAGAAGUGGAGAUGUACCUCAACCUAUUUUACUGAAGGAGGGGCAAGAUUUCAAUUUCACCACCAAAAGGGGGGUCAGCACAGAAGAUACUGUUAGUGUUAAUUAUGAUGACUUUGUAAAUGAUGUGGAAGUCGGGGACAUACUACUGGUUGAUGGUGGGAUGAUGUCAUUAGCUGUGAAAUCAAAGACAGAGAACUUGGUUAAAUGUAAAGUAAUUGAUGGUGGAGAACUAAAAUCAAGACGACAUCUAAAUGUGCGUGGCAAAAGUGCAACUCUGCCCUCAAUAACAGAAAAAGACUGGGAAGACAUCAAGUUUGGGGUGGACAACGAAGUUGAUUUUUAUGCUGUUUCAUUUGUGAAGGAUGCUAAAGUGGUUCAUGAGUUGAAAGAUUAUCUCAGAAGCUCCAAUGCUGAUAUUCAUGUGAUUGUGAAAAUUGAAAGUGCAGACUCUAUUCCAAACCUUCAUUCAAUACUUUCUGCAUCUGAUGGGGCCAUGGUGGCUCGUGGAGAUCUUGGAGCUGAACUUCCAAUUGAGGACGUCCCUCUAUUGCAGGAAGACAUCAUUAGAAGGUGUCACAGCAUGCAGAAACCAGUAAUUGUGGCAACAAAUAUGCUGGAGAGCAUGAUUAAUCAUCCAACUCCAACGAGGGCAGAAGUCUCUGACAUUGCAAUCUCGGUACGAGAAGGUGCUGAUGCCAUCAUGCUAUCAGGAGAAACUGCCCAUGGAAAGUAUCCAUUGAAAGCUGUCAAAGUAAUGCAUACCGUGGCAUUGAGGACAGAGACAAGCCUAAAAAUUAGUACAAAUCCUCCAGGUCCAUCUACUGCAUAUAAGAGUCAUAUGGGUGAAAUGUUUGCUUUUCAUGCCACCACGAUGGCAAACACCCUUGCAACCCCCAUCAUUGUCUUCACAAGAACCGGUUCCAUGGCUAUAAUUCUAAGUCAUUAUCGGCCUUUCUCAACAAUCUUUGCCUUCACAAAUGGAGAAAGGGUUAAGCAGAGGCUAGCACUUUAUCAUGGUGUGAUGCCAAUAUAUAUGCAGUUUUCAGAUGAUGCAGAGGAGACCUUUUCUCGUGCUCUAAAAUUGCUAGAGAGUAAGAAUCUGGUGGCUGAGGGAGAGUACAUCACUAUUGUCCAAAGUGGUGCACAACCCAUUUGGCGCAAGGAAUCUACUCACCAUAUCCAAGUUCGUAAGGUCCAAGCCGAUUAGAAAUGCUUUGAAGAGAUCUUGAUCUUUUUUAUAUGCCGAGUAUUUCCUAUUUUAUUUCUAGCAAUGAUGUGGUCUGCAGAGAAACGUCAUUGAGAAUUUAUAUCAUAGCAAAAUAGCUGUUCCUCAAAUUUUGCCAACCAGUUUUUUGUAUAUUUCCAUGUGUAAUGUUUUAAUUUGGCUUUUUUCAUUACAAAUGCCUUCACACCAUUGUCCAAGAAUUUUCCCAA